GAAAAAUGAUAUAGUAUAUAGUAAAACUAAGAUAUUUUUUGUAUGAGAUAUAUGUUGAUUAUAAUUUUGUAAAAACACUAGUAAUUUAUAUCUACCUAUUAUAUACAGAGAUACAUUGUACGAUAAAACGAAAGAUUUUUCUUUUUAUUCGUCGGAAUAUUCUUAGGUAAUGUAUGCCAAUUAAGCACGUUGGAUAAACAUAUCUGACACGUGAUUGAAUUUUGCGGCAAGUAUAGCAUGCGGCAGUUCCUAACGCAGACGUCCUACUUCAACAAUAUGGUGGGGGAACGCAGAGUUUACCUGCUGCCUAGCUGGAAAGUGAGCAUCAUACCAUUAUAGUAAGUGAUUAAUUUACGAUCGUCCGUCGAGGCGAUCAGUUCUCUGUACGGUUUAUAAUUGACGCACCUGUUCUGAUUCGCAUUCAUUCUAUGUCCAUCAUAUUUAGUCGUGUACGUCCUAUCCGGUCUGCUUUAAUAUUUCCAUUCUACGUACAUCGAAGUUAAGUGUGAGAAAGCAGAGAUCGAUAUGACAAGCCGAUUAUGGAAAGCGUUGUCGCGAAGACGCGUCGAGGAGAACGAAGAGGUAAAAGAUGAACAACUAGCACGUGUCCUUGGUUUAUUCGACUUGACUGCACUCGGCGUUGGUGCGACUCUUGGUUUAGGCGUUUACGUCCUUGCUGGAAGCGUGGCGAAGGAUACGGCUGGACCUGCCGUCUGUAUCUCUUUCCUCAUAGCAGCCGUUGCGUCCGCCUUUGCGGGUAUGUGCUACGCGGAAUUCGCAUCGAGAGUACCAAAGGCUGGUUCGGCGUAUGUUUACAGUUACGUAACAGUGGGCGAAUUUAUUGCGUUCGUCAUAGGAUGGAAUUUAAUUUUGGAGUAUGUGAUCGGUACAGCUAGCGUCGCUCGAGGUCUUAGCAAUUAUAUUGACGCAUUGAUAGGAAAUGCCAUGGGUAACGCGCUGCGUUCUCUCAUGCCUAUAGACAUCUCUUUCCUGUCGGAGUAUCCUGAUUUUUUCGCUUUCGCGAUGGUUAUGCUACUGGUGGUGCUGUUGUCCAUAGGGGUGAGGGAAUCAACGAUCUUGAAUAACAUAUUUACCAUUAUAAACCUAAUCACGAUCGCGAUCGUCGUCGUCUCAGGAUCAAUAAAAGCAAAUCCAUCGAAUUGGUCGAUCGCGCCGGCGGAUAUUCCGAGCUCUGUGAAAAAUGCCGGGACCGGCGGGUUCAUGCCGUUCGGCAUGAGCGGAGUGAUGGUCGGAGCGGCGAAGUGUUUCUACGGAUUCGUGGGAUUCGACACCGUCGCUACCACCGGCGAAGAGGCGAAGAAUCCGCAACGUCAUAUUCCUCUAGCGAUCGUACUGUCUCUGAUCAUUAUAUUCGUAGCGUACUUCAGCAUCUCCACGGUUCUGACAAUGAUGUUGCCUUAUUACGCUCAGGAUGCGGACGCUCCGUUUCCGCAUGCGUUCGAGGAGAUCGGAUGGCCCGUCAUCAAAUGGAUCGUCAACGUAGGUGCGGUGUUCGCGCUGUGUACCAGUCUCUUGGGCGCCAUGUUUCCGCUGCCGCGCGUACUGUAUGCCAUGGCCAGCGACGGUGUAAUAUUCGAGAUUCUCUCCAAGGUGCAUCCUAAAACUAUGACGCCAAUAUACGGCACGGUGCUCUCUGGCCUACUUAUCGGUCUUAUGACGCUCAUCUUCAAUUUGCAGCAGCUGAUCGAUAUGAUGUCUAUCGGCACGCUACUCGCAUACACGAUAGUAGCGAUAUGUGUGUUAAUAUUGAGGUACCAAAAGGAAGAGCACUGCGGUAUUGCUACUGCUGUGUCGUCGAUUAGUCAUUAUCAGUUUACGCCUAUAAGUGCAUUUAAAGAGUCAUUUAAUUUGCACAAUCAAAAGGAACCGACCGAGCUCUCUAGCAGAAUCGCAAAUAUCGGUAUCGCCGUAUUCUGUAUUGUUAUAUGCAUUAUUACAUUUCUGAUUAGUAACAUGGGCGCGCAGCUGCUUGCAGGAAACGUAGUAGUAUCUGUGAUAUUAGGUGUACUAGUAAUUGUCCUUUUUCUGAAUGUAGCAGCGAUUGGUAGGCAACCAGUACAAAAGACUGAAUUGUCUUUCAAGGUCCCGCUUGUCCCGCUCAUCCCGUGCUUCAGUAUUUUUAUAAACAUAUAUUUAAUGUUCCAACUAGACGUCUUUACCUGGAUUAGAUUCGGCACUUGGUUGCUGAUCGGUUUCGGCAUUUACGGUUUCUAUGGGGUUACUCACAGCAAGCAAGGAAAAAAAGAUAAGAUAGAAAGCGAAAAAUUACAACAAAAGUACGUGGAGAAGUUUAGGACAGUGACAUCAUUUUAAUAAAAAUUCCUUCUUUUAUUUGAAAAAAGGAAACAAUAUGGAAGAUCAUUUCAUAACAUCUUGUUCCAGCCAUUCGAGAGUGAUAUGAGUAAGAAUGAUUUUGUAUAACUUUAUUUGAUUGACACAAAACGAAAUUAUCAUGUAAAGUUAGUAUUGAAAAGCAUUUCUUGAUUAUAAAUUUCAUAAUAAUGCAAUAUCCAUAUACAGAAACCAUCAUUGUCACAUUAAUGUAAAAAGAAUCUAAAGUUAUAAAUUUUUUUCAUUCUUUUGUAAAGUUAUCUUAAUUUCUUAUUUUAGCAAAAAUAAUUGUAAGCAUCAUAGUUCUUCUUCCACAAUCUGUUUUAUAUUUAUAUUUUAUCUGUUAUAUAUUUAUAUUUGAUAUACUUGUACAUAUGUAUAUUAAUAACGAUGACAAUAAUACAGCAAGCAUAAUAAUAAUAAUAAUAGCAAUGCUAUAUAUAAUAAAAGCAUAUUUUAUUGUGAUGUUUGUUGAUAAGAUAGAAAUAAUAAUUUGUGCUUUUUACAUCGACCAAAUAAGAAA